AUGGGAAAUUGCAUUCGAGAAAGUUCUGAUAUCACCACGCCAUACCCAAAUAAUCCUAUAGGUGCUACAAAAGGAGGUUAUUAUAGAAAAAGAAGCACAUUAUUGUUUCCACCACCACCAAUACAACACGUUGAUGAUGAUGAUUAUGGUAAAGAUGAUGAGAUUGUUCUAGCAACAUCAAGAUCUGAAGGCGAUAUACUACUAAUUUCAUCCCCUCAUUUAAAAUCCUUCACAUUCAAUGAUCUUAAGAAUGUUACUGGAAACUUUGAUAAUGAGAAUCUAAUAGGAGAAGGUGGAUUUGGUUAUGUUUAUAAGGGAUGGAUUAAUGCUCAUUCAUUUGACCCUGUCUUUGGAACUGGAACUGUUGCUGUAGCUGUAAAGAAGCUUAAACCUCAAGGUUUUCAAGGUCAUAAGGAGUGGUUGAGUGAAGUAAAUCAUCUUGGACAACUUCAUCAUCCAAAUCUAGUGAGACUUAUUGGAUACUGUUUUGAAGGGGAUAAUCGGCUUCUGGUGUAUGAAUACAUGCCAAAAGGAAGCUUAGAAAAUCACCUAUUUCAUAAGGGGAAUGAAACGCUUCCUUGGACAACAAGAAUGAAAGUUGCUAUUGAUGCUGCUAGAGGACUAACCUUCCUACAUGAAUCUGAGCAACAAGUCAUCUACCGAGACUUCAAGACUUCUAACAUUUUAUUAGAUUUGGAAUUUAAUGCAAAACUUUCAGAUUUUGGAUUGGCGAAAGCAGGGCCCAUUGGUGAUCGAAGUCAUGUUUCUACUCAAGUCUUGGGCACUGUAGGUUAUGCUGCUCCUGAAUAUAUCCUUACAGGUCGGCUAACUACAAAAUGUGACGUGUAUAGUUUUGGAGUAGUAUUAUUGGAAUUACUAACUGGAAGGCGUGCAAUUGAGGUAACAAAAUCUGGGAUGGAACAUAAUCUUGUGGAAUGGGCAAAACCCUAUUUGGGUGAUAGGAGGAAGUUGUUCAGGAUCAUGGACACUAAGUUAGCAGGACAAUACUCACAAAGGGCAGCUUAUAUAGUUGCUCUUCUUUCUUUGCAAUGCAUUAGUGAGCCCAAGUUCAGGCCUCAGAUGCUUGAUAUUUUAUCUACUUUAGAAAGGCUUCCGCUAACUAGUAAUAACCACUCACAUAGGGCCAAGACUAGGCCCAUCUCAUCAAGCCCAAGGUUACCCAGAGCCCCUAAUCAAUUGGUUUUAUCCCCUUUAAAAUAUAAUAAUAGUAAUAAUGAUAAUUAUUAUUCACCAUACAACACCGGCGGGUCACCCCUCUUGCAACCCACGCAGCAUUAUUAA